UCGAUCCCCUUUAAUCGCGCGAAACAACAUGGCGGAACGCGCUCCCGCGCCGGUACGGCUCUGUCUCUCGCAGUGAUUCGCGACGGCAUUCGGAGGUUGCGGAAACGCGCGCGGAACGUACGCGGGCACGCAACGAGUCGCGUAUAUACACGUACGCGCGUGAACGGUGCGUACCUCCUCUCCCCCCACCUAUCGAAAGUACAUUGAGAUUUUCACGCGUGUCACGGUCGAUUCUCGCCGUGCCAACGUACGGCGUUUCUCGUCGUCGCCUGCCUGUUCGCGGAUCCUCUCUCGUCGUUGUGUUAGUAUCGAUCAGAGCACUCGUGCCGGCAGCGAUGUGCCGCCGCGGAUGAUGGAGCUGACGCUAGCGCGCGACAUCUUCGUCGGCCAGGUCGCGUCCCCGUGAUACGUUUGUUGCGCGAAAGAAGAGGCUGCUGUAUCACCUUGCCCCCCUUCCCCCCCCGCAGAGGAUCAACGACGACGCCUCGUGUCCAUUUGUCCGGUCGCUGUCCGGUGACGAGAGUGCAGUAAGGGCCCGAGGAGGAGCUACAUAGACCAUGUCAGGGCCAGGGGCGGAGUGGUGACCUAGACCUCAUCCCUCGGCUCCGACCCUCGAUGCUUACGCUACGGCUGGUGUCGACUCACUUCCUGAAGCAGCCAUAGGCAGUGCCCUUCGCCUUAGAGAAAGGGCUCCGUGCGAUGUGCCGUGAUAGAGACAUGAACCCAGAACUACUGGUCGAGUCGCACGAUCUCCGCUCAACGGCGUUGUCGUUGCCGUCGUCGUCGUUGUAAAAAUAAAAUUAAAAAGAAAAACAGACAACACGGUCGUUCGAAAUUUUCACGCGCACGCAAAAAGGACUUCUUCUUUUUCGACGGCCCUUCUAUCUCUCUCUCUCUGCUGCGAGAAUUUUUCUCGCCCUGGCGCACGUACUCACAUACGCAUACACACCACCCACACCCCCACGAAUCGUUCCUUGCCCUCCAACUACAUAGACGAACAAGAACGAUUUCUCUUUUUUAUGAUGUCGAGAUAGAUUAAAAUCCCGAUAAACGAAAUAGACGAAUCUCAGACGAGCAAGUGUGUAUAUACGGUAUCGCGUUCGGUACCCGGGUUACUCGCGGUAUUCGGUAUAUAAAUUCGUGAUCCGGGUAGCGCAAAUCGGCCGGAUCGAAGGAAUACAAUCAUAAUUUGGAAGAGACGACAUCACCAAUAUAUACGGCGAAUCCAGAAGAAGAACGAAGGGAAGGAAGGAGGGAAGAGCAGGACGAGACAGCUGCUACGCUGAGCUCGGUAUACACCAACCUGUGGAGAGCCGCGAGAGAGUGUAUUUGCGGCGGUGGGUCGCAGUACAGACAAAGUGGGAUGAGACGUCCUCAGCAAGAACAUCAUCAUCAUCACCACCACCACCAUCACCACCAUCAUCAUGGAUCUUCAACAAGCCCCACGCGCUCUCGUCAAGCACAUGAUAAGGACGAGUCCCGUCUCGCACGCGUGAAGCGCGUCCUGGCGGGCUCGCUGCUCGGCCGCGGUGCCAGCUCCAGCAGGAUCUUCGGCACCCGGCUAGAGCUGAUCGAGUCGUAUCUCGACACGGGCGUGCCGUUCGUGGUGCAUCGGCUAUGCAGCUAUAUCGAGGCGCACGGCUUUCAGAGCGCGGCGGUGUUCCGCCUGUCGGGCGGUAGUCCCCGGCUGGCAGAACGGCUGAGAGCUGCUUUCGAGCGUCGAGGCGACGCCGAUCUGGAAGCAGCCGGAUGUCCGCCAACCGCCGCGACUCUCCUCCGUCAGUAUCUGAAGGAACUGCCGCAGCCCGUCGUCCCGUCUGCCCUCGUUGGCAGACUGAUCAACAUACACACUCAGAGUUACUCGAACGAUCACGACUCAUGGAUCGUCUCGACGAAGGAGCUGUUUUUGACUCUGCCAUCCUCGCAUUAUCAUCUACUCGGCUACCUGACGAUCUACCUUAGCCGCUACGAGGCUCGACAUGGACGCAGCGCCGGUGUUUGCGGCGUUUUCGCGCCAGUCAUUCUGCCACACGUGCCACCGGCGACCACCCUGCUGCGAGACAUUCUCGCCGAGGCGCUGGUGCUGUUCCCCGACUGUAACCGUGAGAAUACAGUGAACGGUGUGAUAACUGCCGGCGACUGCAAGAUCUGCAAAGAUACGAAGGACGAAUCGAAAGACUCCGAGGGUUCAUCUUUGCUUUGCGCGCUGAAACCGCGUAAGCGUAAGGAACGUCGCGAAUCCUGCUGCCAGGAACGAAAGCUGAUAAGAAGCAAUAGUGAGGAACGUGUUCUUGAUAGCCCCACCGACGUCGCAGAUACGAUUAGACGUGUGAGUAGCCACGAAGAUUUUAACAGCCAGGAACAUUUGCAUAUUUUAUCGCAACUCGGUCAAGACAUGGGUCACGGCGUGAGAUGCAGCGGAUUACCGCUCCACGAAAGAACCAACGUUUCGCCCGUGUCGAAGAAAUCGUUAUCGGUGCCGUCACCGUGCGAAGUAGUAGUGGCGACCGAGAAAUAUGAUUGCGACGCCGAAAGAUUGAGAAGCAGCGAACGCUUCAGCAGAAGCAUCACUCCGAGAGGCAGAAGACAAGCGCGUAGGAGAAGAGUGCACAGAGUCCCGGAUACAGAUCGGAGUUCCAGCAAGGAAAACGAAGAGGAAUCUGAAAAUAUGUAUAUCUCCAAUGUGUCACCAAGCCCUAACAGCCACAAUGGCUCGCCAGGUCAAAGUUUCUUGGAGAUGUUGAGCAGCGGACCCAGCAGAUCACCCUCACCAGCUCGUCCACCCACCAUCGAUCACGAGGAUGUAAAUAAUCCCAGUUUGACUAAUUGGGGCUUUCAACAUUUGGAAGGAAAUGAAGAAGCCGCGGAUGCUCGAGUGGAAGCCAUGCUUUCGCCAAGGAAUUCGCUGUUGUUACCUAGGAGAUUUUAUUCCGAGGAAGAGAUGCAACCCAGCACGCCUAAUCCAUCAGAAAUGGGACUCAAAAACUUGGCAAAGCACAUUAACGGCCUGAAAAAGAAGAUUAAGAAGUACGAGGAUGAGUUUGAGGAGAAUUUCGGCUAUCGGCCGAGUCAUUCUGACAAAAUGAGUAAUCGCGACAUCAAGCGGCUUUGCACAGAGCUAAAUAAGUUGCGAAAGGAACACAAAUUAUUGAAGGAAGAUCCGAUAAGUGCGCUUCUGGCCAAUGCCAAUAAUCGACUGAACACUAAUGGCAGUCCGAUAAACAACAACAAUGGCCACGAAAAAUCGCGAGUGACAUCAAUGGAAGAGAUGGUGAAGGAGGCAGAGAAGAAACUCAGCGAGAAACGAAUCAAAUACAAUCGGUCCGAUAAUAUGGAGGAGCUGAACUACGAGCAAUUACUGGACGAAAAGACGGCCGUGCAAAAAGCAUUGCUUCAUAUCGAAAACACUUUCGGCAGGCCGGUCUCUAAGGAAGACAGAGCAGUUGUGCGACCACUAUACGACCGAUACAGGACCUUGAAGAGACUUCUUAUCAGAGCAGGCGCGAGCAAAAAUAAGGACAGCGUGUCGGAAUUGGCCACGAUUUUGGAACACGAAACGAUGGAUUUUACAUCGUCGAGUCUGCCUGGAAAUCCCGCGGAGACUGAUAGGAGAGCCAGCGAGCCUGACAUGUCUCAUCGAGGCAUUUUGGAUUGUAUUGAUCCUACGGAUCAAUUACCAACCGAUAGCGAUAGUCAACAUAGUAGCAGUGAAGGCAGUCGCGGCGCCGGUGAAAGUUUACAUGCUCUCCCUCAGGAAGAAUUACUAAUACAACAACAAGCUACUCGAGAGGAGAAGAAGCGGCUUCGCAGAGCGUUAAAAGAGUUAGAAGCACAAUUCGAAGCCCGAGCCGGCCGUCGAAUGCAACGCGAAGAUCGCGGACCACAAGUCACCACCGUGUAUGACUCCUACAAGCAAGCAAAGGCGAAACUUAGACUGAUCGAAGCUCUCAUAGCUAAGAAGGCUUGACGCAGUAUUUAAUUUACAAGAACAAAGAUCUGAUUCAAAACAAUACUGUUGAAACCUUUGAACGGGCUUUAAAUGUUUGUAACAAGACACAAUUGUUGUAUCAUGAAUACAAUACGGCUCAUUCAUGCCGUCUGCAAUUUUUGCAUCACGAAGUCACAAUGAAAAGGGCCUGAAAAAGCAGUUCAACCGAACGUUUCCUGAAGCGAAGGACAGAAACAUAAUGUAACGAGAAUUUAUUGUCCAGAAUCAAAAGAUUUUUAAAGCAAAAACGGGGUAGUUGGUAAUAUUUGCAAGUAGAAUUUACUUCGCUUUUGUAAGUUCAUGCGUAUUGACCUGAAUUUCUUUUGAUUCUGUUAUAACACUCGAAAAAUAAUACCGAAUAUUUUCAACAUUAAUAUAACAUGUCUUAUUUACAACACUUGGUUUAAUCAACAUAAGCGAUAUGUUGAAAAUAUGCAUGAACAGACAAGUUAAAGUGCGUAAUAGAACGUUUACAGAUAAAUGCAUGGUAUUGAAAUAGCACAUUUGAACUCUUUAAACACUAAUGAUUCUAGAACAUAAAAUUAUUACAAUACAUCACGCGCGUAACGAUAUAAUCGCGUAGUGAAAUAAUUGCAAAUUUUGUUCACUGGUACACUUUAUUAUCAUAUUUAAUUAUUGAUGAGAGGAAAUUCUUACUUGAUUGUCCUCCAUUUAUUUAUCCUGCAUGCAGGAUUAGAAUAAACUUUUUUACGCUAAUAAGAAACUGGAUGAUUGUUUUGGAAUAUAUUUACAGUUUAUAAAUUUUUAAUUGAUUUGUUACAAAUAUAAAGUAUACUUAUAUUUUUUAUAUAUAUCUUGUUGCACAAGAUCUGUAAAACUUUGUUUGUAUUUAAAGUGUCAAACUUUACAGUGAUGAACGCAAGAACAGAUAAUAAUGCCUGAGAUUAAAAAUGGAUUGUCGUUUUAAAUUGUUAACGCAAAUCUAGAGAUCAAGAUUUUUCCGAUGUAUAGAAGGGAAGACGUGUAUCACAACUUGCGAAAAAUAUAUAUAUCAAGUAACAUUUUUAUUUCACAGUUAAGUAUAUAAUUUUAUAUGCUUAAUAUUUACAUUUGUUUGCAGAAAUAGAGUUUAUUUGAUAUUAUUUCAUCAUGUUUUUGCUAUUCGUAUAUGUAUAUAUAUAUAUAUAUAUAUAAAUAAAUACAUUUGAUAUAAUGAAUUAUCUCACCAAUGAUAAGUAUUGUAUCAAUAAGACUUAUAAGAAAAAUGAUAGAAGAGAGAGUGAAUAUUCUCAUAUAAUGACUAAUGUUUAUAGUGAACUCUAUAUUUAUUUUAUCAUCUUAAAGUAAUCGCUGAAAUCUAACGCUGAGAGAGUAAAGAACGAAUCUGUGGGGUUACUCGUAAUGUAAGUACCUUGUAAGAGAUAUCACACACAUGUUGUAAUAUUGUAGAGUAUUAUAAAAUGUUACGAUCUUAAUAACGUAUUAAAAAAAGAAAAGGAUAUUCACUAAAAGAAGCUCGUUGAUUUUUGCGUUUAUAUUUUUGUACAAGUACGAUUUUAAGGCCGUUCGCAAUGUAUACACAGCCGACAAGGGACUACCGCAAAAACGCCUUAAAAUUCCACUUGGAUCGAUUUUUUCACACAGAGUCUCGAGGGUGCUAAUAGUCUAAUGGCUUGAGUUCUACAGCGUGCUGAUAAUACAAAAGAAAUGCUUUGCGAAUCUUACUAAAUUGCAAUCGUGAACCGAAGGAUUUCUUGCGUUUUAUAUAUCAUAGCAAUGAAAUCAAAUACCAUCUCGGAAAUUUCAAUAUGUAAUCGAGACGCAAAAGCCACGAUGGUUUUAACUCUUUAUGAGGCGGUAACUUCUUUUUCUUUUUUUUCUUUUUCUUUUUUAAUAGCGGUAACAUUUUCAAGAAAAGAUACAGUAAUUAACAUUUAGAUAAUUUUUUUAAUACCAUGUAACUAAUUUUAUAAAAAUUUUAAUAUAAUUGUCUUUCAACAAAUUAUGUUUUGCACACUCGUUAUGUAUUGUUAUUUCUACAUCGAAUUUUUCAAUAUCAGACAGUACACCAAAAAUUGGUGAACAACUCCGUUUCUCACGCAGGUAAAAUUAAUAUUUUCGGAAAUAACGAUAUAUAUCGGCGUUGACAAAGUCAAUCGCGAACAUGCCAAAAUGCGUGUCCGUUCUAAUUAAAAAAGGGUAACAAAAAAAUAAAAGAGAGAAAAUGAAAAAUUUUUUAGACCAAAGCAUUUUUUAGUCUGUGAUAUAAUGAGAGAUAUAUUUGCGUUAAGAUGGGAAAGUGUGUAUGUGGAGUAUUCGGUUCCAUAUUUCUUUUUUCUUUUCUUCUUUGUAAAAGUAUUUUUUUAAGGGAUUGAGGUAAAAGAAACAUGAUUUUUCCGCCAUUUCCUCCGUAGGAAAUUAUUGAAAUUGAUGAUCACUUUAGAAGAUCCUACAGCGAUGACGAUAAUUUAAAUAAAGCAGCGUCCUUUUUUCCGAAAGAACGGUUGGAGGCAGGAUAAAUAUAGCGAAGAAUACAAAAAAGGAAACGGAUUUAUCAUAGAUGCAUUUUAAUAAUUAAAAAAUUAUUACAAAAAAAUUACUAUUACAAUAUUAAACAAAUGUUAGAAUAUAUUGCUUUGGUAAUUUGUCGAUUAAUUAAUCUGUCAUCUGAGACUAUUUAAUUAUUCCUUUCUUGUUCCAUAUGCAGAAAUAAAAAUAGGUAACGUUGAGAACAUUUUAUCGUCACGAUAAGAUGCGUUUCUCGCUUUCCUCACGAUUAUCGUCCUCCACCCGUACUGCUAAAAGGACUAUCAUUCACAAAAGAAAAUUGAUUUUAUAUUCGAGAUGCCACACAAGGAAUGUUUUUAUUUUUCGCGGGUGCACCUAUAAGCGCAUCCUUCUGUAGUAAGAAAGAGAGAGAAAAAAAUUAAUUAUCGUAAAUCUAAGAUAACAUUUUAUAUUAACGUUAAUUAAGGUACAUUUUGUAGCGCAUAGUGUCUUUACACAUAAGAACAGAUUGCGUGAUUCUGUGUAGAUGCUUUGAAAGAGAGAGAGAAAGAGAGAAGCAGGAAUACUUGAGAAUAGAGACAGAAUGCAAGAAAGGAGCAAGAAAAUUUUAUUUAGCAAAGCUGAAAAGCAGAAUCGGAUAGAUUAUGAAUCGUUAAAUUAGUACUUAAAGAAAAGAGAAAGACGAUAUAUAUAAAUAUUCCACGCGGAUCACACAUUAUCUCCGACGAACAUAUCUAGAGAGAUUAGAAUCUUGCGACAGGGAAGUAAAAACAAGAAAUCAAUAAUGUAACGAUCGAUUUCUCUCGGAUAUAUCGUCGUACGUAGCUGCAACUGACAAUUACAAUCGACCGUGAGAAUUGUGACGAAGAAUCUGUCUCUAGCAAGAUUCGUAAAAAAAGAAAUAAUCAUCUUCAGCGUUUAUACACAAAUGUUGAUUAUGUAUGUACAUAUAUACAUGUAAUAUAUAUAUAUAUUAUAUGUAUAGAGGUACACACACAGCAAAAGAGAGCUGCGCAUACAUAAAUCACAUACAAUUGUACAUGCAUACAAAUGAAUAUUACACAUUAUUAUGGGGUAGCACGCAGAAUAAAAUGGAAUAUGAUCUG